AUGCUGGUGACGUCUAGGGUGGUCCGAACCCUUGCACUCCUCGUCGUGUCGCCGUCUGCCCAUGCCCAUGGCUUGACUGCCGAUAUCGAUUGGUCUCGUUUCGCCUAUACGCAAUAUGUCACGAACACGGCCUACCUCUGCAAUUCAGUCAUGCUCUUCGAAACCCUACAUCGUUUAGGCAGCAGAGCCGAUCGCUUUAUGAUGUACCCAGCGGAAUUUCCCACCAACGGUAACUCCGUCGAAGCGAAACUACUUCGCAAAGCCCGCGACGAGUAUGGUGUGAAAUUGAUGCCGAUUGAGGUCCAAAGUCGGAAGACUGCCGACUCAACAUGGGCACAGAGUUACACCAAGCUCCUAGCAUUCAACCAAACGCAAUACGACCGUGUUCUGAGUCUCGACUCGGACUCGACUAUUCUGCAGACUAUGGAUGAAUUGUUCCUCCUGCCACCAUGUCCCGUGGCCAUUCCCCGGGCAUAUUGGCUCAAUCCCAACGAUCGGGUCAUGAGCUCCCAGGUCAUGCUUGUUCAGCCAUCUGCCGUCGAAUUCCGUCGCAUCGAGCAAAGUAUCGCCGCAGCGGGGUCGAAAGAGUAUGACAUGGAGAUUGUAAACGCUUUAUACCGAGAUAACGCAUUGAUUCUCCCGCACCGUCCAUAUAACCUGUUGACAGGUGAAUUUCGCUCGACAAACCAUACAGCGUACCUCGGCAGUUUGAUAGACCCAUGGAAUCCUGCCGAGACCUUGAAAGAGGCCAAGUUUGUACAUUUUUCCGAUUGGCCGGUUCCCAAGCCGUGGAUACGAGCUUCGAAGACGGUGAUUGCGGAAAAUCAGCCCAAGUGUGAGAUGGAUCCUCAGACGGGCCGAUCUGAUGAUUGUCGCGCUCGGGAUGUUUGGCGCGGUUUGUAUGAGGACUUUGCGAGGAGACGUCAGGGUGUUUGCGGUAUGACGGUCACCACGAAUUGACUCGUCCGAUCAGCCACUCCACCUAUGACCUUAUUUAUAGUGGUAUGAGGGUCCAUUUGUAGGAGCUUUGUCGGGAAAGCAAACUAAAAGCAAUAUUUAUACUUUUUCAAUAACGAC